AUGCCUGAGCCCAAAGAAAUGAAGCGAAUUGAAAAGAAAACACUCGUUGGAGAUUCAAAAACAUUAAUCGGCGACCAGACGACAAGAUCAAAGGGAGAUUUGCAUCGUAGCGGCGGCGAUUUGGGAAAAGAAAAAAAUAGGAAACAGAACAAUUACAGAGUCGUUGCUGUUGUGGCAGGAAAUUCUGAAGCAGUUACAUUAUACGGUCUAUCACCAGACACACAGUAUCAACUUACGGUUACAGCCGUUUGGAGUGGAAAAAAAUACCGUAGCCGACCAAUCGUCUUUAGAACACUGGAGCCGCCACGAAGUUCACCACAACAAGAUCCAGGCGCAUUGGGAAGCGGCAAUGGGCCACCCGUACCGCCAGUCUUCGACACUGGGAACGCUAUCACAUAUCCCGACGAGUAUGGUAAUGUAGCAGCUGAUAAUUCAACCGCACGUGAACUUCCAACGGUCCGUGGCGUCGAAGUAGGUAUCGUAGUUGUAGUAUUACUCGUAUGGGCUGGAGCGAUAGCGUUGUUUUUUAAUCGAUGGGGCAAAAUUCGGAUGUUACUUCCAUAUCAGCCAGACUAUAAGCAAGAACAAUUAAAAGUUCCCGGCACCGGCGUAUGUUCGGCUGGCACAUGUAACGGUCAACAUUCACAUCAGCAUGUCCACAAUGGAUGGCAAACAGACGAACCAUCAAAUGUAAUCGCGGAUCGUUGCAGUCGGAGUCGCAUCAAUUCUGCCAUUUUUGUUUCUUCCGAAGGUCGAGGAUUUGACUCAAUCGAAUUUUUACGAAGGCAUGGAUCGCAAAGUGUACUGUGUCGCAAAGCGCGCAGCGCUGAAAAUAUCACCGAUGAAGAUCGAAAGCGUCGUUUCUCCGAAAAUCGUGAAUGGGAGAAUGAUGAGAAUCGAAUGUUACGCGAAACAAUCGAAUUGGAAGUGGAGUGUCAUAAUGAUGGUGAUCUAUCGCAAAUUGAAGCCAUUACAAGCAUGACACCGUUGACGUCGGCCGGCGGCGGUGGCGGCAGCGUCGGUGGCGGCAGCGUCGGUGGCGUUGGCGUCAGUGGUGUGACCGCAUUGGCGACCACAAGUGCAGCUGCCAUGAGCCAAAUAACAGCAAAUACAGCAUCGGCAACGGCGGCCUCCGUAUCAACAUCGCAUUCAAUUCAACAGCAACAGCAGCCAAUAUUACAGCAGCCACAGCUAAAGCAUCCAGCACCCAAAUUAACCAAUUUGCCAACGUUAUCAAUAUCGGGACCUCAUUAUGAAACCGAUGAAAUUUUGUAACAUUCAAAUUGGUGUGAGCUUUUAGUGUAGAUAUGCAUAUAUAUGUAAACAAAUAAAGAAAAAAAGAAAAACAAAUAUAAAAUGCAUAUACAUACACGAACCGAUUUUAUCGAAAUCAAUAACAAUAUGCAAUUGAAAAUGAACUCUUCCCCCUCCCCCUCCUUCAGCUCCCCACAAAAUUCUUCUCUCAAUUUUUCAUUUUCCAUUCGUUUGGCGACGGUGGUGUGUGCACCGAAAAUGAUAUGUGUGCCACAAACACACACUGAAAAAUAGAUACUGAAUUAAUUAUUAUAAUUUCGGAAAAAGUUUUUAUUAUUAUUGUCGCUCCCUCCUUCUGACUUCCCUUAAACGCAAUCUGAUCAAAUGUAAAAUUCGCGAAAUUCCUUCAACCAUUGUAGUGCAAAUGCACGCUCGCAUUUCUAAGAUUGCACCGAAAAAAAAGAACGAAACAAUAUCGUUUUCUUCGAUUCAUUUCGCUAUCUAUACCCUUCUGAAUUAACAGACUAUAUAGUUUUUACACAAACUUAUUUCUCAGAAAGUAAUAUGUUAGACGAAAAUGUGUGAAGCAAUUCGCUCAUUUGUACAUAUAUAAGUUUAACUAAUUAUAAAUGUAACACAGACAGCAACACUUUCAGUAAAUUUAUAUAAACGUAACAUUAUUCGUACGUAAACGUGUUUAAAAUGAAACAUUAAAUAUGUAUAAUUUUUAAAUCAAUACCAAUUUAAAUUGUAAUACAGCCAAU